UCAAAUGCCAUAAUGACAUCUCCACUUUAAAGAACCUAAAUUUGUGCUUCAAUGUUGGCACCUUUUUUUGCUUUAUGGAUAUUUAAAUUUUAAAUACUAAAAUCUUCCAUUUCCAUUUGCCUUUUUAAGUUUCUUGGAACAAGAAGAAGUUUGGUGCUUUAUUUCUCUCAUUAAACAGCUAUGAAACAUUCACUGGUUUGAUUUACACUUAUGUCGCUUUUAAGGCACAUCUCAAUCUUGCCCUCUGAAGUCCUUGUCAUCGAAAAUAGGAGCCAUGCUCUUCAAUUGUGGAUCGCAAAACAAAUAUAAGAGGUUGGAUGCAAAGCUUGAAAAGAAGAUGAUCGAGUUCAAGAGAAAUUCGGCUAAGAAUACGAAUUUUAAAUCCAUUAACAGUAUUAUCUUGAGAUUUCCUCAGAUCAAAGAGGGAUUGAAGGACAUUCGUGGCGUGUUUGAACAGUAUGACGAAGAUGCAAAUGGUGCUAUUGACCGUGAGGAGCUGAAGAGAUGCUUACAGAAACUGCAAAUUAAGCUAAAAGAUCAGGAGGUUGAGGAUCUUUUUCAUUCAUGUGACAUUGAUGGAAGCCAGGGGAUACAAUUCAACGAGUUCAUUGUUCUUCUGUGUCUCAUUUAUCUUCUAGUUGAAUCUCCAUCGUCUGCUCACAGUGUAUCCGCAACAUCAAGGACCUCUUCACCGGAGCUUGAGGCCACUUUUGACACUAUAAUAGAAGCAUUCUUAUUUCUUGAUAAGAAUGGUGAUGGCAAACUGAACAAGAAAGAUGUGCUCAAAGCACUGAAUGAUGAUUCUCCUGGGGAGAAAUCACCUGCGCGUAUCUCCAAGUCUCGAUUCCAAGAAUUGGACUGGGACAAGAAUGGGAAGGUCAGCUUCAGGGAGUUCCUGUUUGCUUUAAUAAACUGGGUCGGGAUUGAUUCUGAUGAAGAAACUGAAAGUUAAAUCAAGUAGUAGACAGCACAAGAGAGAGAAUGAGGUUAUAUUAAAAGAUACAUGUAAGUACCUGAAAAUUUUAAGUCUCUCAUUCAGAUAUGUUGCUACUUUUGUCGACCUGUGCUCUAAGAUUUUUCGUUUCAAAUGAUAAUAGUUAUAGUCAUCUUCUGCUUAA